AUGAAGUAUUCAGCGGCUUAUGUGAUUCUUUUUUCAAUAUUUUGUUUCUCAAUUCAAACAGUUUUGAGCGCUACAACAUGCAACACGGGCUAUUAUUUAGACGGAACUAAUUGCUAUCCAUGCACUCCAGGCACGUACUGUCCCGAUGGCUUUCGCAAACUCGAAUGCAGUCCAGGUCAAUAUUCCAACUCAUUUACUUCGUCAUCAUGUUCGUCUUGCCAACGAGGAUAUUAUACAACAAAAACCAGUUCGACAAAGUGCAACAUCUGUCCCCUAGGCUUCAUGUGUGCGAGUGCGGAUCGAGAACCCGUCGGUUGUCCACGUGGCACUUAUCAAGAUACCUAUGGGUCUACGCAAUGUCAAUCAUGUUCACGAGGAUAUUAUUCAAUAUCAGCGAAUUCAACUCAAUGUACUAUAUGUCCCAAAGGCUCUGAAUGUCCACGUGCUGAUCAAGCACCAUUAUCUUGUCGACCAGGCACGUAUUCGUAUGAUGACGGUACUUAUUCUUGCACUCCGUGUCCAUCUGGAUGGUAUACAACCCAAACGGGAGCACUCUUAUGUUUUAUCUGCCCUGAGGGAAGUGAAUGCACAAGAGCUGACCAGCCACCAACUCUGUGUCGACCAGGUACUUACUCAUCGGCACCUGGCUCAGUAUGUUCUUCGUGUCCAUCAAAUACUUAUGCAACUGAAUAUGGACAAGUGUCUUGCGCUGUCUGUCCUUUGGGGUAUGAAUGCACACAAAGCGAUCAAAAACCGCAGCCAUGUGCUCGUGGGUAUUACCGAGAUGCAACGAUUAGUUCUUGUCAACGAUGCCCAUCUGGUAUGUGGACAAAAAAUACUACAUCAUUUCGUUGUGAAACCUGCCCUGUCGGCUUUGAAUGUCCAACUCCUGAUUCAUCACCAGUUUCUUGCCGCGCUGGUACUUAUUCAUCUCAGAUUAAUACCAAUUCAUGUUCUCAAUGUGAUUCUGGAUACUUCACUGUUGAAACCGGUUCAAUUUCAUGCCGACAAUGUCCUCGAGGUUAUUACUGCCCACGACCAGAUGCCAAUCCAAUACCAUGUCCACCAGGAACUUACAGCGAUUAUAAACAAACCCAAUGUAGCAAAUGUUCCUCAGGAUACUACACUACAACUUCAAGUUCUUCAAACUGUCUCAUAUGUCCAUCAGGAUAUGCAUGUGGUAUGCCAAGUUUACCACCUCAAAUCUGUCCAGUAGGUACGAGUGCCGAUUAUGCAGCUUCAUCUUGCACGAGUUGCUCGUCAGGAUAUUAUGCAGUUCACAACAGUUCAUCAAUUUGCACACCGUGUGCUCCCGGCUACUAUUGUGAUGAUACGAAAGCAUGUCCUAAACAAUGUUCGGCAGGUCAAUAUUCAUCAGCCGGUCAAACAUCCUGUUAUCAAUGUUCAUCCUCGGCUGGAUGUUCGUCGGUGCCAGGCGUUUUUGAUUGUUCAACAUGUGUAACAGCAAAACCAACCGGUUGUCAAUAA